AUGGAGUUUCCCAGAGAAGGACUAUCAAAUAACAGGCCACCAGCCCUAAGUGGUACAAACUAUUCUUAUUGGAAAGCUAGAAUGAAAAUCUACAUAUUAGCACAAGGAGAAAGAGUAUGGAGGGCUGUUGAAAACGAAUGGAAACAUCCCCUUGAUGACAAUAACAAAGCAAAAGGUCGUGCUGAUUGGAGCGAAGAAGAACUCAAAGAGUUCGACUAUAACUCAAAAGCUAUGAAUGCCAUCUACGGAGCCGUGAGUGAAGAAACAUUCAAACUAAUCGCUGCUACAAAUGUAGCAAAAACAGCAUGGGAUAUAUUGUGUGAUCAUCAUGAAGGAAAUUCAACAGUCAAACAAUCAAAACUACAAAUGGUCCAAACUCAGUUUGAAAAUCUGAAGAUGGAGGAAGAAGAAGAUAUCACACAAUUUAAUGGAAGAAUACUAGAAAUUGCUGGGGAAGCCUAUAACUUAGGGGAACCCAUUCCUGAAAACAGGUUAGUAAAAAAGGUAUUGCGAUCAUUACCAGAAAGAUUUAUGAUGAAAGUAACAGCUAUUCAAGAAAGCAAAGAUCUCAAUACCUGCAAGUUAAGUGAUCUAAUGGGAAACCUUAAAACAUAUGAGCUUGAGAUGCUGCAAAACAAAAAGCCUAAUGGCAAAGCAAUAGCCCUUCAAUCAAAACAAGACACCAACUUAGAUGAAGAUACUGAAAAAAUGGAAGAAUCCAUUGCUUUGUUGACAAAAACCUUCAACAGAGUUCUCAAGAAAUUUAACAAAUUCAGAAAUAAGAACAAGAGUUUCUCAAAUAAUCAAGGGAGUCCAUCAUUUGCACAAAACCAAUCCGUCAAUUCCAAGAAGAAAGGGAAUCCAAACCUUGAUGGAAUACAGUGCUAUGAAUGCAAGGGAUAUGGACAUAUUCAGUCAGAAUGUCCAAAUUACCUAAGGAGGAAGAACAAAACAUAUGUAACAACCUUGAGUGAUGACUCAGAUAGUGAAGAAGAAAACAACACAAAUUUUGUGGCCUUUUUCACAAAUCAUGAAGGCGAUGAUGAAUCAAAGGAGGACAUGCAAGAUCUAUUAAACUCGUAUACACAGCUGCACGCCAAGUGGGAAGAAAUCAUCAAAGUAAACUUAAAUCUCAUGCAAGAAAAUCACUUCCUUAAAAGUGAAAAGGAAAAUGAAAUACUUCUUCACAAAGAAACCCAAGAAAAGUUAAUGAAAUCACUAAAAGAGGAAGACAAGUUGCUACAGGAAAUAAGAAGACUAACUGAAAAUGCAGAACAAUCAAACUUAGCAACAAGGAAAGAUUCUGCAGUCGAAAACAGAGAAGUGUUACAACAUCACUUUCAACACCGUAGAAGAAUCAGAUGUUACUACUGUCACAGAUUGGGACACAUCAAGGCAUACUGCUACAAAAGACAAAAUGAUCUCCAUAACAGAAUCUGGGACUGCUACAAAAGACAAAAUGAUCUCCAUAACAGAAUCUGGGCAAACUACAAAAGACAAAAUGAUCUCCAUAACAGAAUCUGGGCAAAGCACAAAAGACAAAAUGAUCUCCAUAACAGAAUCUGGGCAAAGCAAGAACAAAAACCAGCCCAAAGAGUCUGGGUCAGAAAAAAUCAAACACCAGUCACAACCUAUACUUCAAAAAUCAGCAAAGAAACAAGUGUUUGGUACUUCGACAGUGGAUGUUCAAGACACAUGACCGGAAACCCAAACAAUCUAGAGGACAUCCAUUACAAAAGUGAAGGACAUGUAACCUUUGGAGAUGGAGAACGGGGGCAAAUCAUUGCUAGUGGAACACUAAAUGUCCAUGGUCUCCCCAGAUUAUCAAGAGUCUUCCUGGUACAAGGCUUAAAAGCAAACCUUAUCAGUAUAAGUUAG